ACAGCCAGCAGAGGGCGCACUUCAGACAGGUCAGCAUUGACCUUAUACAGAUGCUAUUUUGUUCCAGCCUGACCAGAAGAGUGGCCGACCUAAAUGAUCCACUCGCUUACCCAGCUCCGUGGAAACAUGCUUACAUCGGUGACUUAAUGUCCCCUGCACGCAGCUCAGUGACCGUCGUCCAUCAGCAGCAGGUCUGAAGGACCAACUUCACCUCCAGCGGCUAAAUGUCAAACCUUUGGGGAAAGUGAGAGCGCCACUCUGCGCCACACGGUGAUGAUGGGUGGACCAAACGCAGCGGAGCGAUAAGGGCGCAUUCCUUAAUUUCCCCCAACGCCGUGUCUCCCCCUCCCCCCCAGUCCAUCUAUUCAGCCCUGGACACACGACGUGACCCAGUGACGGCCGUGUCUCCCCCCGUUCACGCACGAGGAUUGAUCCAAUGUAUUAUUUACGAGCGAAACUUCAGCAACUUAUCCACCGGAUAUGGCUACCGGUUUGAGGAGUGAUGGGCGGGUGGGUCAUCCCGAAGUACCGGGAGCCUGCGGGGGAGACGCCGAUGAUGGAUGCUCGCCGCGCAGGAGGAUAGCCGGAGGAGACAGGGGGAGGAGGUGUUUGAGGAGCGGAUUGCGAGUCGGAGCAGCGGGGAUGCUCGAAAACAGCCUGCUGUCUGUGGCUCUGCUUUCACUCCUUGUCCGGUGCGCUGUGGCCGCAGAGGAAAAAUCCACCUACGAUGCCUCUGGCUCUUCACCUUUACCGAGGAGCUCCGCGUUCACAGGUGCUCCUAUUCAACCAAUGGCUGAGCUGUCAGCUACGGGGGUGGUGCCUUUUCAAGUGUUUCCUACGGACAGAGACUCAGACGCCGAGGGUGAAGGUUUAUCGGGGCAGCCUGCCUUUUCCUCCAUUCUAACUGUGAUGGCAGGAACUGUCAAACAUCCAGUGAGCCUUGAUCAAAGUAGAACCUUGCCAGCUAUCAGCAGGGAUGAUUCACUCACCACCCAAUGGCCUUCACAUAGUUCCAGCCAAGGCUCAGACAUGUCCUCCUCAUCAUCAUCAGUGGGAGACAACUUCAGAGCGCACUCAGAGCCAGAGAUGAAUGAUCUUACUACCGGAACAUCUAAAUCAGUUCUGUCCACUUUCCCCAAAGAAAAAGAGGCUAGUCUAAGCUCUUCUCAGUCAGACAGGAUAAUCCUUUCUGCUGGGCCCAUCGAGAACACAUCUCAGGUAUCACUGCUGACCCUGCAACACAACACCACGACCGCCUCUGUGAAGCUCACUGCAACAACUGUAUCGUCAACUACAAAAACCCCCACCACUACCACUAGUACGCUUUCUCUAAGAGUAACGACUCACUCAACUACCACAGCCACUCCACAGCCCCAACCUGUUACCAGAAGAACCACAACAACAAUCAGGACUUACACCAGCAGAAGACCGUCACCCAACCAGAAAGCAAGCUCCCCGAGGGGCAUCCCUUCCGUCUUCGUUUCACCUUUCACCAUGACCACAGAGGCUCCACAGCCACAGUGCAACAUCACUGAGAGGUUAUGGGUGAAAACAGUUGUUUCAAUCUACGUUAGACGGAAUAGGCUGGAUAGCAUCCAGAGGCAGAACCUGCGAAGGGGAUUGAGUCAAGGCCUUAGAAAAGCUUUGAAUGACACAUCGGCCCAAGCACAGGUGGAGACGGUUUUUGGCUCCCCCAACAUGACGGUGGCUUAUCACGUUACAGGAGGGGAUACAGUUUACCCUCCGUAUGUAGUAGUGGAGGGCUUGAAUUCCUACGGACGUGAUAAGCUGAUUGCAGACCUGCGACAGUACCUCCCCAUGGUGACAGCUCUGCCUCUUCCGGGUGCUUUGUGGCGAUCCAGCCCUGCCACUGGCUUCCAGCUGAAAACAGUGUUGCAGUUUGUGGGGGCAGGUGAUGAUCCCAGAUCCUGUCGCUUCUUACAAAUGAUGGAGCAGAGGCUUGAGAAAGUUUUUUCUGAGGCGCAGGCCAAAGUUCUCAAUACUAAAAGCCCACUCACAGUUCAGAUUCUGAGUGUCUCUCAGGCACCAAGCUCUCCUGCUGUGUCUUUGGUCUACACUGUAAAGAAUGGGACUGUGUUUCUUAAUGGAACAGUUGCCUCCAACCUCCUCGGUCAGCUCUCUGCUGAGUUGGUGGGCUACUUCCUCUUCUAUCCUCCCCUCGUCAUUGCUGAGCCACUUGAAUACCACAAUCUGAACACGUCGGUUGAAACCAGAGACUUCUGGGUUGUCACAGUGAUCCAGGAUGUCGAUAAUGCCAGCCUGGAGGGACAGUACCAAAGCUUUGCCAGUCUAAUGGAGCAGCGGCUGGCAGAGUUGUUUGUGUUGGCGGGGCAGCAGGGCACCCGUUUCAGACGAGCCACUACUGUGGGUAGCUUCACUGUCCAGAUGGUGAGCAUACACAGAGUGCCUGGAUUAAAGAAUCCAGCAGAGAUGACCUACUACGUCCAGCACAAUGGCAUUCCUCUGUCGGGCACUUCAGCUGCCAAGGUCUUGAACACAGUGGACUCUCAAACUAUGGCACUCACCCUGGGCUACUUUGUUCAGGUGCAAGCAGAACCUGUGGUCAAGAAUCCUCCUAAUAACCUCUGGAUAAUCGCUGCAGUCUUGGCCCCAAUCUCAGUGGUAACACUCAUUAUUAUCAUCAUCACAGCUGUGCUGUGCAGAAAGAACAAGAACGACUUUAAAGCUGAUGCCAUUGGUAACCUUAAUCCCAGAGCCAAGAUGGCGUAUCGGAGGGAUGUGAGCUACUAUCACCAGCCAGUCCAGGGAUUUGACUAUGCCAAGCAGCACCUGGGCCAGCAGGGAGGAGAUGAGGAGACGCUGCCUGUCAGUCAGGAUACUUUAGUGAUGUCCCGACAAAUUCGGGACACAUCACUGUCACUAGAAAAGGCACUGAAACAAGACGGGACAGCCAACAAGAAAAGUCUCACUGCUGACAAACACAAAAGCAGGUUGCCAAGUGAAGAUGGUUCCGUCAUCAGCGACGAAUCAGAGAAGCUGAAUUCUAAGAGGGGCCUGACGGUGCUGAAAGUCACAGCGCAGCAGAAACUGACAAAGGAGGAGACCCGCAGAAGGGACGAUCCAUACGACACAUCUUCUGGCUCUCUGCAGCUAAUUUCCAUAAAGCCUGUAACUGCACAGACUAAAUGCUCCCACCCUGCGUCCUCCAACCGUAGCCAGGACUCUGCCAUCGUCAAUGGAGAGGUCAACUUGGCACUGAAGCAGAAAUCAGACAUUGAGCACUACAGAAACAAGCUGAGGCUAAAAGCUAAGAAGAAAGGUUAUUAUGAUUUUCCAUCCACCGAUGGCAGCAGUGGCGGAGGUCGAGCCCUGGUGCAGAAAAAGCGAUGCGACUACGACAGGGAAGCCAGUGAGGAUGGCAGACCUCUGGAGCCAGACGAUGAGCGAGGGUCCACAUUUGUUAAGUCUCACAGAAGACAUUCCCAGGUCGGACAGAUGGCCUAUCGCAGCAGACAAAGCCUAAGCAGUCCAAGUCCCGGAGGAACAGAGAUGGACCUCCUUGUAAUGAGAGAGAGGCCCAGAAGAGGCAUCCGUAACAGUGGCUACGAUACCGAGCCGGAGCUAAUCGAGGAGACAAAUGUUGAUCACCUUCUGGGGCAGCGAAGAUACGUGUUUGGUCGGGGCCUCAAAAACCACUCAGAGACAUCCACUCUGAGCUCACAGCCAUCCAUUGAUGAAGUGCGACAGCAGAUGCACCUGCUGCUGGAGGAGGCAUUCAGCCUGGCUUCUGGGGGGCAGUCCACAUCUGGAAGGCACGGCCACCACCAGCAGUCCCCUUCUGACCAAUACAGCCCUGCACCGCCUCCCCUCCCAUAUGCAGAUGUGGUCAGCAGUGUUCCAGGCACUAUGAGCUCUGGGCGGGCUAGACUGCACUGGGUACCAUCAUAUGGAGCGGACAUUUAUCAGUGCAGCCUGCCUAAACCUGCCUUUCGCUUCACCCAGCUUCCUGAGAUGGCCAUGGGUUCUCCGCCUCCUUUACCACCUCGCACUGGACCUCCUCCUAGACCCUCCUUAAGACGUUCCACUUCGGACUUGGGGCCUAAGGGAAGGAGCUCAGAAACAUCUGUCACUGAAAUGCGGAGUAAACGUGAGAAGAACCCAUAUGGGCCAACCACAAGAGCAGCACUUCCAUCUAUCACUGCAGAACAGCCUGUGCCAAACUACUCAGGAAACCCUAUAACUGCUGUCUACGCCAUCCCCGCCGCCAGGCCAGGGUACUCAGAGUAUUUUGUUCCCACAUCCCCUAAAUCCUAUCACAGUCCCUCUUGGAUGUCCUACCCACCAGAACCAGAGGAUGUCCAACCGCAGUGGACAGACUGUGUGCCCUUGCCUGGGUAUGCAGAAGCUUUCCCUAAUCCUCGUUACCCACAGGCAAGUCCCACCAGGCUUGCUCUGCAGUAUAGCCAGACACUGGAGCCGCCGCCACCCACUGCCCCCUGCACACUAUCUGAGCAAAGUCUGCCCCAGGUGCUGAAGGAGAUGGACAGCAUGCCUCUGAGCAGCCUCUCCACCUCUGCACUGGUGCAGGCUAUAAGACAGGAGGUGGCCAAGCUGGCGAAGAAACAGAAUGACAUAUUUGAGUUUUAAUAAACAGAUGUGCUUGGGUCUUCAACAGAGGCACACAAAGAUGACACUUAUUCAACUCCAUUUUUAAUAUUUGUACUGUCCAACAGACUGAUCUUUAUCUGCUGAUUAUUCACCUCGUUUUGCACACAACUGGUGUAUUUCAGCUUGUGAAUUAAAGGAACUGAAAAGAUCUAAUUUUAGAAAACAAUUAUUCAAUUCUCUGUUGAUUAUGACCCAGGUAAUUAUGCACAUGUCUAUGUAGAUAUGUCAAUAGGAUGCAACUAAAGGUCAAAUAUAUAAUUUUUCCUGUACCAGAUUAGGACUUUUUAUGUGACUGACAAGAGAAAAUACAUUUACAUAAUAGCCUGUACUGAUGGGACCAAAUUCUUCCUGUCAGAUGGGUAAGUAUAACUCACAGUGUAUAUGAGCAUGUACAGUUUAAGGACAUCAUGUAUCUAACCAAGCCUAUUAUUAAGCAUCAGCUUAAACAAGAUGGGCAAGAUCAGGAUCAGCUCUUUUUGACAUUCAUCUCAGAACAAAAUAACACAUCCAUUUUUGGUGAUCCUUUUUGUUUGUUUGUUUACAUCUCCUUGAUAAUCCGAUGGUUUUAUUUUAAAGAUUUAGAAAGUGGGAAUUAACUAAUGGACAAUUUAAAUGUAUGUUUUAUUUCUGUUAAAAUCAACCUAACAUGACUUAUUUAGAUUUAUAUUUUUUAAUGUAAGGUCUAGAUGGAAGGUUUGGUUAUCUAUUUAUAAAUGAAUUAUUAUGGUCUGCACAAAGAAUGCAGAUUUGGUGAAUAUACAAUACUUUGAAUGCAGAAUACAACACAAUACAGUAUUCUGAUAGAUGUUAAAUGUUCAAAUACUUCAAGAAAGCUUCCAGUAAGCUUAUAUCAGCAGCAAGGUGUACAUCACAGUUCAGCUGUUUAAUUACUCCUCUUGGAGUGCAAAGGAUUUGUGUGCAAACAGCUCCAAAAUAAUAAAAAUUCCAGUCCUUUUC